AUGUCCUCUUCCCACCAUCCGCAGUCAGAUGGUCAAACAGAAAGGGUAAACCGCACUCUGGAGCAGAUGCUCCGAACAUAUAUACAAACCGACGAGAGGGACUGGGAGCGUCUCUUACCGGCAUUAGAGCUCGCCUACAACACGACGAGCCACUCUUCGACGGAGCUCUCUCCGUUUGAGAUCAUGAUCGGGCAAAACCCGAUCACAGCAGCAGACUUAGAUGUUGUGGGAAACUUGGAUCCGACGCUCACCCCUCCCAUGACAAAAAUCUUCCAGCAGUUAUGCGACAGAGCGCAAGGACAUAUCCUGAAAGCCAAAUGGCAGCAGAAGCAAUAUGCGGACGCACACAGGUGCGACGUCCGCUACUCACCUGGCGACAAAGUCUGGAUCAGCAGCCGCCAUCUACCCCCCCUCAACCAGUGCCCCAAGUUGGAGCCCCGCUUCCGAGGUCCCUUUCCUGUACUGGAACGCAUUGGUGCUGUUGCCUAUCGUAUUGCGCUCCCUUCCACCUAUUCUUGUCACAAUGUUUUCCAUGUGUCGCAGCUUGUACCAGAUCGCCCCAGGGAUCCGAUGAUGCAAGCAAAGGAGGCCGCAGUCGGCUGGCUGCCUGUACAAGGUCCAGAUGGCGUCCCAACUGACUCCUACGAAGUCGACUACAUCCUGAAUCAGCGCGGUUCGGGCUCGGACACACAGUACCUCGUCAAGUGGCGCGGAGCUCCCGAGGACCGCGCGACUUGGGAACCGGCAGAACACCUCACCAACUGUCCGUCCAUCCUCCGUGCCUGGCGCCGCUAUUAUAAACGCGCACGGGGCGCGGAGCGGGACCAGCAGAGUGUUGUCGCCGCCAGCGACAGCGUAGAUCCUCCUCAGCCUCCCGACCACACCCCUGUACGCCAAGAAGGGGGAGAGGUGGCACGCUGCCCAUCGGCAGUCGCAUCACCUACGCCUCAUGACACCCCGAAACCACAAAAUAGGCCCCAAACGUCAGCAAGCGAUGGAGAAGCUCAGGGGCGGAUUCAGGAGGCACGAAUACUGGGGAAAAGAGGAUCGGGAUUACGGAGAGCCAGGAGUACGGAAAGCAAAGGGAGGAUGUAG